AUGGCUAUCACUAUUCGUCUCAAAAUCUAUCAAAUCGUCUUGAUCGUUCUUGGGAUCGCUACCCUCUGGCACUGGAAUCAGGUGAUCGUUCACUCGGGAAAAUUUGCCGAACUCCAGUACGGAUCUUGGAACGAGAAUGGAUCUCGUUACAGUCAAGAAGUUGCUUCGAGACUUUCAAAGGAGGCCGUGAAGGCGGUUUGUGAAUAUCUCACAGACCCACUUUUCAUGUCAUUGGCAAUGAUUGCCGGACUCUCGUGGGUUCUGUUGAACUUCUUCACGGUCAUCAUGAGAUUCUAUUGGAAUGUCAUCCAACUCGACUACGAGUUCAACGACAACUACUUCGUUCCAGUCGAGCAAGAGCUCUACGAUGUCUAA